AUGUACAGUAUGGCAGAAUGUUUGGCGCAACCAAGUGUUGCAGAUACUUUCACUUACGACUCUACUCUCAGGAGCAGCGAGUUUCGGCUCAUCAAGAUUCUGGCAGCCGAGGAAGAAAACACCAGUCUGGAGCUACAAAUCCAAACCUUCUCUCUCGAGCCCCCUCCGCAUAGCUAUUACGCCCUUUCAUACACUUGGGGUGCUGCGGAAUUUGACUCUGAACCGACGGAAGACCAAGCCGACACCUACCCCAUUGCUCUGAACAACCGGUCGUUCCAAGUCAGACAGAAUCUCCAUGAUGCGCUUUUCCACUUGAGAACAAACCUCCCCGAUGCGUGGCUAUGGAUCGACGCAAUCUGCAUCAACCAAGACGACCUGAGGGAGCGCGCUGAGCAGGUCUCGCUUAUGGACGUCAUCUACACGAACGCCGUCAAGACGAUCGCGUGGCUGGGGAAAUCAUCACCGGGUCUUCCGAGGGCCUUCCAAAUCAUGUCACAGGCAUCUCGGAUUCUGAGGGCUGCGGGCCUGCUCAUCGCCGUGGCUUCCGAAGACUUGUCCCUUCGGCUGCAGGAGCGUCUCGGGAAUUGGCUGAGCCUCGAAGACUGGGAUUACCUGAGCGAGCUCUUCACACGACGAUGGUUCUCGAGGCUUUGGAUCUUCCAGGAGGUCGUCUUAGCGCGGGAGAUAACGAUUUCGUGCGGGAAUACUCUCAUACCGUGGCGCGUCGUCGCCGACUUCGCGGCUCUCGCCUACCACUCGGGGUCCAUGAUGCAGCUGUUUCUGCAGCUGGAAGCGAUGUCGAGGCCGAAUUCCCCGCUUGAGUGUAUGAGGCAGUCCGUCGCCAAUGUUGCGCUCAUCGAAAAGGCCAGGCUCGUCUGUGGUGGUCGCGGGAUUAUCAAGCUAUCAACUCAGGAAUACCCAUUUCUGGGCGCGAGUUUCGACCUUCCAAAUGAUUCACCGGAAGAUUUUCUCAUACUCCUGAUGUUCUCGACGCCCAAUACAGGUAUGUCGGACAAAAGAGACCGGUUUUAUGGGCUGUUUGGCAUUUUGAAGAAGUUUCUCAAACAUGUGGACAUUGAUGUGCCAUGGGCGAAGGUUGACUACGAAGAGCCUUUAGCGGACGUCUACACGCGCAUGACACGUGCGAUCAUUCUCCAUGACGGACGUCUGGAUAUCUUGUGCUUUGCAGGGAAACUACUGGCCAAGAUAGAAGACGUCCCCUCAUGGGUGUCGGAGUGGAAUUGUGCCCACUUCCCAGGGAACUAUCCUACACCGUUGCACCGACAAGAUGCAUCCAAAAGUCUUGAUAUGAAGACGAUAUCACUCGAUAUCCGGGGACCGAGACUGCAUUGCCGCGGACUCAGGAUCGGACCUGUCAUCAAGCUCGCGGAACAGCCACAUGGAUAUCUGGACUUCAUGAACGGUGAUCUCCGCACGCUGGCUGCGAUCACGACCUGCUUACCCUUGGUGUAUCCAUAUACCAACCAGCCGCGGGUGGAAGCUGUUUGUCGCACGCUACUGUUGGACAAAUACACCACCCACACACGAACGGGAGACGACCCUGGCGGCGUGUUCGACGGUCUGAGAGCACCAUUCAAAGAAUGGGUGAUGCGCGCUGUAGCGGAGUCUGAGGUCGGUAGUUUCGCUGCCGGCAAGACGUGGGAAGCCAUCAUGGAAGAGUACCGGGUGUUCGACGAGGUCGCGUCGAGCGAUGAGACCGGGUUAUUUCCCUCGACACAGGACCUGCUGGAGCGAUGCGAGAUGCUCAGAAAGCCGGAUGCCACAGGCCACGUGCUGGAAUUGGCGGCACAGCGUCAGAUAAAACUGCUGGAAGAUUGGAGACAGGAGGCUCAGAAGUGGCUCACGCGGCUCGUGCAGCCGUCGUUGAGACGGCUUGCUAUCCUCGGAGGUCGUCAUUUGGCCAACCUCCCAGAUAGGGCGGACGUCGAGGACGAGGUGUGGAUUGUGCAAGGAUGCCAUAUGCCUCUAUUAAUGAGAAGAUCCGGCGACGGUGAAAGUUGGGUGAAUAUGGGCGCCGCAUUUGUUCACGGCAUCAUGUCUGGUGAAGCGAUAACGGACUAUAUACGAUGGGAGGAUAUAUGCAUUGUUUGA